AUGGCAAUCACCGACAAGUCCGAUCUUCCGCUGUUGCAGCCUCGCAUCAGUCCUCUGCUGGACGUCAACAGCGUUUCACAAUCUUCAACAUCUCCACUGCAAUCGAUUUGGGAGAACUUCCACGCUGACCGCUUUAAGCUGCGGUCCAUUGGCUCUGUGCUUAUGUGGAUCGCACUGGGGAGUUUUGUCAGUUCCGCGGUGCUUGCACCUAAGAAACUCGUCGAUUACACGCACAACGGGGUGUCGAUGCACGCGGUCCAAGACCAACUCGACUUGAUGGCAGCGUGUCCGCCCGACGGUAAAGGGGAGGGCGACGUAGACGUGGUUCAAACCAACAAAGGUGCCGGUUGGUUCCUUGGUGGCAACGACCCCGAGCACGUACUGUCACCGCUACCGGAAGUUACGUCGUUAGACGAUUUUCCUGAGCGUUGGGACUGGCGCGACUAUAACAAGACGGGUAUCAGCUUGACCACUAGCGUCAUGAACCAAAUGGUGCCCCGUGCUUGUGGGUCUUGCUGGGCGUUCGCUACGGUUAGUGCGCUGUCGGAUCGAAUUCGGAUUGCGCGGUUCAAAACGACCGGCCGCCUUGACACAGAGGUGCUGCUAUCGCCACAAGUCUUACUCGACUGCGGUAUGCGAUCGUUUGGGUCGUGUCACGGUGGAGAUCCGCGAUAUGCACACAAAUGGAUCCAUGAAAAUGGUAUUGUCGACUUGACGUGCAACCCAUACAUUGCCUCGCAUCCGUCGUGGAUGGGAAGAGGUGACUGCGCGGCGACGCAAUGCCACACAUGCAAUCUGAAAGGUGAAUGCUUCGUGUUGGAGGACCCAAUCAAAUAUCGCAUCUCGGAGUACGGCACACUCAACUUUGCGACGUCGGAGGAAUUCCAGCUUCAGGCGAUGAACGAGAUCUACCACCGUGGCCCCAUCGUUGUAAGCAUGUACUCACUGUCACCGGAAUAUCGUCAAUAUAAAGGAGGUUACAUCCUGCGCGACUCAACCAAGUACCCUGGCACUACCCACGUCGUGAGUCUCGUCGGAUGGGGUACCGACGUGAAGACGGGUGUCAAGUAUUGGAUCGUUCGCAACUCGGACGGUACCAAUUGGGGGGACCGGGGCUUCUUCCUCGCUGAAAGAGGGGUGAACAUUUACAAUAUGGAAAGUCAUGGAGCGUGGGCUGUUCCUAUUGUGUAG